AUGCCCUGGCGGCCUCUGCCUCGCAUUGCUUUCGCAGUUGCCAUUUUCCCUUUCCAACCCUCCUCGCCGGCCGAUCUUCCCCUCGAACUUGGCGAUGAGUUGUACAUAAUUGAACAAGGAGGCGCCAAUGGCUCGUGGUAUCGAGGAUACCUCGUUGCGCCGCCUUCACUCCUGGCUGGAUUGACUAGCGUGAAAGGCCAGACCUUGGAAGCCCGGGUUUUUUCUGGUAUUUUCCCGAAGAACUGUGUCGAAGUCCGAGAAUACCUGGGAGAUGCGGAGAGUCGCAAAGCACUGGACAACGGAGAUGUCUUGUUGGCAAAUGGAUCAUCCAACGGCUAUUUUAAUGGAUCACCCGACGAGGUCGAGAAGAAUCGACAGACCACUGCCAACUUUCUUGAGGAUGCAGGCGUGAACCAACGCUCAGUUUCGGUCGCAACAUUUCGGUCUGGCUCGGUGCCAUUAACGCCGUCCUCAAUUAUUGCCCGGAAUCUCAACGGUUCUAAGCCUGCGGCUCCGGUUCCAAUGCUGAAGAUUGGUGAUGAAACGCCAACUUCCUAUGAAGAACCCCUUGUUGAUGAGAUUGCAUCGUGCCUGCGUGAAUGGCAUUCAACAAACCUCCACGAGCUGCUCCUCACCCGGCAAUAUGGCGUUGUGGAGACCAUGUAUAACGUUGUUCUAGAGCUAGACCUCGCUAGGCGACAGUUGCUCCAUGAUGUUCUCACUUCUAAAGAGAAAGACGCUGUCCGACAGGCGACUGUGUGGAACUUGGUGCGUGGGAACAAAAUGCUCACGGGCGAGGUUAUUGUUCGAGAUCUGAACCAAAACGGCCGACUGCUGACUGGGGAUGACUCGGCAAUCGAACUGACCAAACUCCAAUCAGAGAUGAGCAUGUUUGACACCGACCCGAGACAGCAUGGAGAUUCAUCCGCACUUCGUCACCUUCUGCUCGAGAUAAAGACGAUGUCAGGUUCCCACCCCGGCCUUGUCACCUUGUCCUUGUAUCUGUCUGCAAAAACAGACAAAGGCACUCUGAAGCCAUUAUCAGAGACCUAUGUGCUAGAAAUACAAUCUGCAGACAAUUUUAUGGCACUGGCUCAUAGUAGCAAGCUAAAAACUUUAUUCACAGAGUUAUGUGCGGCAGAUGUAAGUGAAGGCUCAGGCGGAGAUGCGCACUUGUAUCUCGUUAUUAUGGUACAAUCAGCAGAACUUCCUCGGCCUUCUGUUCCCUAUGGCGGGCGAUCCUCAACUUCACACGAUGGUGUUAACCGCAGCCCAUCCACUAUGCACAGCGUCAAGGGUAGCACAAAAGGGCGCCGCAGCAUGGUCUGGACUGCUAAGUCACCUCGGGCUGGGCAAUCAGAAGUCAUUAGAGAGACACCCCCCAGAAGUGCAGAUUCUGCAGAUGCUCAGGGUCAAUCUGAUAAUGCCUCUCUUAAAGACAAGACAGUGAUUCGCACUGUGGGCGCCGGUAUUCUUGAUGUCGCACAUAUUGUGAGGCAGAACACCGAAGCGGAGCAUGUUAUCAAUAUUUGGUCACCUGUAAGUGAAGAUAGCGAGGAGGGUGGAGAUAAUAGUGACGGCUUCGACGACCUUGUUCGCGCAAUUAUACCAAGCUCGUCUGGUCGAUACUCCAAGUGUCAUCAAACUUCUCAACUUCAUCUUCACUUCUAUCCGUUCAUCGGCUCUGAUGCCGAUGUCCUUGUACGAAACAAUCCUACGUUGAUGCAUGAUGUGACCCAAACGCGGAGAAUGGGAUUCGCAGCUGCCCCUGCACACUCAAGAUCGGAUAUUUACCUGACUAUCUCUCGUGCAAAAUUUCCUUAUCCUGCUCUGCUGUGCCAUCCUCAGGCUGGACAAGUGCCUGUUCCUGCGAACACUGGCCUCCGGAACCUUCAGUUAACUCUUGAGGUGCGCAACGGUAACGGAGCGCGUCUGGAGCGUUGCAUAUUUGCUUCUUCAAAUAGCGUCGGCCAUACUGCUUGGAGGACUACUGUGACGGACAGGAAUCUGCCAUGGGACCAGACAAUUCGACUGAGAAUUCCAACUGAUCAGGUCCCUGGAGCCCAUGUGAUCAUGAGCAUAGCGGAUGCGCCAGAGUUUCCGUUCGCACUCUGCUGGCUACCCCUCUGGAACCAACAAGCCUUCAUACAUGACGGACCUCAUUCACUGCUCCUUCACUCGUACGACAAGAUCACAUCGAGUGUGGACGAAGAUGGAAGAGGGGCGUAUCUCAGUCUGCCAUGGAGUUCACUGAACAAAAAUUCCUCUGUUCCAGAUGAAUCCGUAACAGGGCCCCUAUCCACCGUCCAUGUUGAGACAAACCUCUGCAGUACACAAUAUUCCCAAGAUCAAAUCAUACUGGGGCUUAUUAACUGGAGGAAGCAAACAGGCAAUGAGGUCUUGGAAAUCCUGCGCCGUAUACUCUUUGUUCCUCAGAUUGAAAUUGUGAAGCAGUUGCGUGAUGUCUUCGAUGCUCUUUUCGGAAUUCUUGUUGAAAAUGCGGGGAGUGAAGAAUACGAAGAUCUCAUUUUCAAUGCCUUGGUGACAGUACUAGGUAUUACUCACGAUCGACGAUACAAUCUCGGUCCUCUCGUGGACCAUUACACGGAACAACAGUUCAAUUUUCCCUUUGCCACGCCAUGCUUGAUCCGAAGCUAUUUGCGGCUCUUACAAUGGAAUGAUACUCCACAACAGUCGCGCAAUCUUCGUGCCGCCUUUAAAGUUGGACGGCACUUGCUGAAGUUCAUAAUCAAUGCUCGUGAACAGCAAAAGCUUAAAGAAGAGGGCAUUGGCGUCAGGAAUGUGCAACCGACAUUCAACCGCGACCUGCACUCAAUAUUCAAGUCUCUCGAGGCCUUAAUGAAGAAUCCUUCUCCUGUCAUGGUUGGCAGUAAGACUCUGGUGGUGCAACACUUUCACACAUGGCUUCCCGAACUUGCAAAUGUCCUUCCCAAUGACGAGAUCAUAAUGAUUGCGUUGAGCUUCAUGGACUCUUGUAAGGACGUCAAAGGAAUGCUUGUCUUGUAUAAACUUAUUUUGAUCCAAAAUUACACCAAGCUCAACAUUUUCGCUUCUGGAGAAGAUAGAGAUACUUUGAUUUCCUGCUGCUUUGGAUGGCUUGACCCAUACUGGGGCAACACUGGUGAUGUUUCCGAUCAGUAUCGUGAUCAAGUACGCCUUUGUACCUCAAUUGUGGCAGAGUUCUCAACACAACAACUUUCUCCUCAGCUGUAUUCCUUCAUGGGCAAAAUUACCUCGUCCUACUGUGCCAUUGCUUUGGAGGGUGUCGACGAGACCGAUUACCUCUCUAUGCUCUAUUCUAAAUCAUUUCCCUUUCAGGUGAAGGCGUCUGAACGCAAGCAGAAGUUUGACGAGGCUCUCGUUGAGCUGGCUGGUCUAAUAGCUGCCCUUUCCAACAUUCAGAACCCCAAGCUACCUAUUCUCAAACCAGACGACAUGGCCAUCUUCAUAUCUAAUACACUAGAAGCACACAAGUCCAUAAUAAGCUGCGAGGCUUACCCUGAAGACUGGCUAAGUUUUCACAUAUACAAUCAUCGUGCAGCUGUCAAGAAUCUUGAAAACCUAUCGUCUCUAUUGGCCAGUUCGUUCCUCCCCCCGCCAGACGAGGCUGACAAUUUUGAUAUGAAAUUGUGGGAGCUCUUUUUUACGACAUUGCUGAAGGUGGUAUCGAGUGAUGCACUUGUUCUCGAAACAUUCCCCGAACAGAAACGCAGAGCGGUUUGGAAAAUUGGAGGCGAUGUUCGUGAACAAGGUGCCGCACUCUUGCGAACAACUUGGGAGGCAAUUGGAUGGGAGACUACCGAAGAUGAGAGAACAAAAUAUGAUUUGCACAAAUUGGGCGGUUACCAGGUGCAAUAUGUUCCCAAUCUUGUCCCUGGGAUCAUUGAAUUGUGUCUUAGCGUUCACGAAGGCCUCCGGCGAGUUGCAGUCGAGGUUUUGCAAACCAUGAUUAUCAGCGAGUGGGAUCUCAACCAAGAUCUAUCCAUCAUUGAGAUGGAGAUAGUCACGAGCCUUGAUAUCCUUUUUCAAAAGAAAAAUAUGAAUGAGAGCAUCACGCAAAAGCUUUUCAUCACCGAAUUACUGGACCUUUUCGAAAAAAUUCAAGACUCGGAUGAGGCCUUGGCCACAGACGUGAAGGGUCUCAUAGCUACGAUAGAUGAACUCCUUGAACUUUUGGUAGCGUGUAACAGUGGCGGUAUCACCGAGAACCUACAUACGCUGCGACUCAUGGAGUUCAUGAAAGAUAUGGACAGGGAGGACAUUUUCAUACGAUAUGUGCACGAACUGGCCCAAUCUCAAGCCGCUGAGCAGAACCACACCCAAGCUGGCCUUGCCCUGCAGUUUCAUGCCGAUCUAUAUUCAUGGGAACCGACAAGGAUAGUCCCGGCGCUAUCAAACCCUGCAUAUCCAGAACAGUCUGCUUUUGAGAGAAAAGAAGCCUUGUAUUUCGAGAUUAUUCAGUACUUUGAGGAUGGAAAGGCUUGGACACAUGCCCUUGCUUGCUACAAAGAGUUGAUUGAACAGUAUGAGCAUAUAGUCAUGGACUUUGGAAAACUUUCACGAGCACAGGGCUCUAUGGCCAAGAUCUAUGAAAUGAUCUCUAAAGAAGAGAAAGGUUUUCCUCGUUAUUUCCGCGUCUCUUAUAAGGGACUGGGAUUCCCUCCAACUCUCCGAGACAAGCAAUUUAUCUUCGAGGCUUCACCAAAUGAGCGCAUGGUUUCAUUCACGGAUCGCAUUCAGAAGCUGCACCCUGCUGCGCAGAUUGCAUCUUCAUCGAAUAUUGAAGAUAUCGAAGGCCAGUUUUUGCAGAUCAGUGCUGUUAGCCCUCAUAGGGAGAUCCUGCAUCCGGUAUAUCAACGUUCCAAGGUGCCUCACUCUGUACGUGAGCACCUACUUAUAUCGGUGCCUGUCCAAUUCUCCUAUACUUCCAAACGCCACACCAGCGGUCUGAAUGUCAAAGAGCAAUGGGUUGAGAAGACAAUCUUUACGACGGCUGAGCCAUUUCCCAAUAUUCUGCGCCGAAGCGAAAUUGUAGGCACCGACGUGGUUGGAUUGACGCCCCUGCAGACCGCUAUUGAGCGGACAUGGCGAAAGACACAGGAACUACACUUGCUUGAACAGCAUGCAAUUUCUGGCGAUGAUUCCACCCUUUCGGGGCUGACAGAAGCUUUGGUGCAACUUCUUGACUUGGAAGCGGCGCACUCUAGCUGUGUUGCAGUCUACCGCCCGUUCUUAGCCAAGGGUAAUGAUGAUGAAGAUGAGGCAGGGCAGGAGGACGAAGAAGAGGAGACCGAGCAGAAACCAAUUGACCCGCUAGAAAAUGCACUUGCAGUCGCUCUGAUAGACCAUGCGCUUACGAUCAAGCGUUGUGUGGCACUGUACUCUCGGCCGUCUUAUCAAGCUACUCAGGUUGAACUUCUUAAUCGAUUUGAAUAUGCUUUUGGCCCGGAGAUCGCGUCUCUUGCUGCGCAUGCACAAACACAAACACUUUCACCUCCUCAGAGCGCCAAUCAUUCGAGUAAUCGAUCAACUCCCCAUACCAAUGGGCAAAACGCGGAACUAGCAGGUCGAUCAUUCAGUCCAGAGCAAGAGCUUAUACGCAGUUCACGAUCCAACAGUCAGCGGAGGCACACUGCAAAGCCCUCACUCAGCCAUCGUAUUAGCAUUGCGAACCCGUUCAAAAGGGCUAAUCAUCAUGCAUCGGCUUCUGUUGCAACGGCAAACACCGUGCACGGGUCUCCCGACUUGAGACAGCUGGCGGAUGCGCAGUCUAGCCGUCAAUCCCUUACCAUUCAGGAUCAUGAUGACGAUGCAGCAACAGUUCACUCACAUGCCACUAGCCGUGGCGGUAAGAGCGACCGGCGACGAAGCUGGUUUGGUGGUGAUCCCAAGAUGAAAUACAAAACGACAACUACUGGGUAUGUUGCUGAUGAUCAUCAGCGAGACCAGCAACACAGAGAUCAGUCACGGGCUCGUAGUGCAACGAAUAAGUCUAUCAAGUCGCAAGGUGGAGAGUCGGCACGAAACGGCAGACUGGAAUCGAAAAAGAGCACGCCCGUGUUAAAUAGCGGAGAAUGGAACGGUGCGCAAACAGCCUUACCACGAAGCUCCCAGUCUGAACAACGUCCUUCAACGUCUGAACGAUUUGGGUACUUGAAUAAAAACCACUCAGUCACGAUAUCUGCUGCAAAUUCCUAUGAACAAAGCCAUGGAAACAACUCUAAUGGAUCUUCCGCUUCAGCUGGUGGAGUUCGCGAUUCGGUCAAGAAAAGAUUCAGCAUAUUAAAGGGCAUCAACAAGAAAUCAAGCCGGCUCAAUGUUCGUGACGGUGGAAACGGCAGCAAUGGUAUCCUAGUUGAGCCUUUGCACGAAGAAUGA